UUGUUGUCAGCCCUGGUCAGCUGACCGGAGUUUUUGAGGCGGUCCAUUACGCGCUAAGGCAGAAGCAACAGCGAAGGAGUCCACAGCGAGAGAAACAGAUGUGGAAGAUGCAAGACUACCUCCAACACUGAAUGAAAUUGAUCAUGUCAGGUGGCUGAUUCACCGGAAUUUCUGUCAGCAUCAGUGACCUCUCCAAACUAUGGGCUCCAAGCAAACGUGGUUGUCUUUUCGCAUCUGUGGACAAGUUCUAAUAAAACUUUCUGUUUAAAAUUUCCUGCCUUAGUGCUCUUCACUUUUGCAGCCUUCACUUUGUGGGUGUCCUGCACGCAGUCUGUGGAAAUGGACGGUACAGGACCUGUGCACCCCAGUCUCAACUCAUCAUAUCUUCCUAAUGCACUUGGUAACCAUGAUGAAUCAGAUGAGGAAGACGAAGAGAGCGAAGACCAUAGCCUCUCUGCGUCUCUUCUGCCCCAAAAUUCCCCACCACCUUUGGCUGUGCGCUACAGUCCAGAGGAUUCGUACUAUUUGGUGUACAUCAUUUUCUUUCUGAUGGGCAUUGGAUCCCUGCUGCCUUGGAACUUCUUCAUAACAGCUAAACACUACUGGCUCUAUAAACUUAGCAACGACACUCAUCACAGCGGCAAGGAGGAGCAGCAUUCCGACCUCAGUGAUUACUUUGAAAGUUAUCUCUCCAUGGCCUCCACUGUGCCCUCUGUGUUGUCUCUGAUCCUCAACUACGUUCUUGUUAACAGGCUGUCUUCAAAAUUCCGAAUCCUUUCAUCGCUGUUUGUGAUCCUGUUGAUGUUCGCGGUGACCACAGUGCUGGUGAAGGUGGACACGUCAAACUACAGGAUAGGAUUCUUAGUCGUCACACUGGUCAGUGUGGCCAUAGUCAGCGGAGCCUCCAACAUCUUCUAUGGUAGCAUUUUCGGGAUCAGCGGCCGCUUUCCCAUGAGGAUCUCUCAGGCCCUCAUAUCAGGUCAGGCUAUGGGAGGUACACUGAGUGCUUUAGCCUCAAUAGCAGACCUAGCCAUGGCUAAAGAUGUGACAGACAGCGCUCUGGCCUAUUUCCUCACGGCAGAUGUCUUCAUUCUGCUUUGCAUCAUCACUUAUUUGCUGUUGCCCAGGCUGGCAUAUUCAAGACACUACAUGGCGGCGGCAGCAGCAGCAACAUGCAGUAGUCCAGGUGGCAUGAGUGAGGAUGAAGGUGCUGGAAACAAAAUCCCACCUCUGCGACCCAUCCUUAGGAAGAUUUGGCUGCUCGGACUGAGUGUCUUCUAUGUCUUUUCUGUCUCCAUCAUGGUAUUCCCUGCUGUAUCCUCAGGAAUACAGUCUGUCGACAAGGACAGCGGCAGCCCCUGGACAACCACUUACUUUGUGCCUCUUAGCUGUUUCCUCCUGUACAACGUAGCAGAUUUAUUUGGCAGGAUAGCCACAGCCUGGCUGCAGGUCCCUGGUCCCACAAGUAAAGUCCUGCCUGUGCUGGUGCUGUGUCGCUCCGUUAUGGUACCACUCCUCAUGCUCUGUAACUACCAGCCAAGGGACCACCUCCGUACGGUAGUGUUCAAUCAUGAUGUGUAUCCGGUGCUCUUUAACUGCCUGCUGGGUCUCUCUAAUGGCUACUUAGGCACACUGCCAAUGAUCUACGGCCCAAAGGUGGUACAUCGAGAGCUGGCAGAGGCCACAGGAGUGAUCAUGUCAUUCUUUCUCGCUCUGGGACUGGCUGUUGGAUCUGCAUUGUCUGUGCUCAUCGUGCACUAUAUCUGAUCAGGCUGGUACACAGUAACCUGGUCAUGUUCAGGGGUAAAGUUGGUGCUCAUGUGAAUCAGAACUGCAGCAUGCACCAGUAAAGUCAGGUAUCUGCUCGAGGGGAGUUGUCAAUAAGCUUCUUUUUCACUUGACCAACAUGCCUUAAUUUCUUUAUACCUCGCAUUAAUAUGUUUACAUUUAUGAAGUGAUUUGCAAUCACUGCUGUCUAUAAGAAACAACUUAUUUUAAAAUUUAAAAAAAUCAGAUGACAAUUUUGGAGUACUCAGUAAAUUGUAAAAAUGACAUUUACUUUUUCUUUUUCUUUUUUUUUUUUUUAAAUACAGGUGAAAAUACAUGGUUAAAGGAUAUCGAACAUGUGGCUUGAUUCUGUCUACCUACUAUAAACCUCGACACGUCUUGAUGAACAGUUUAAAAAAACUCUACAUGCUGUGGUUUGUCUUACUUCUCAGUAUUGCUGUACUCCAUUACUACUGGCUGUAUCGAUGGACAACAAAUAAAACUCUGGGAGAGGUUUUAUUUGUGUGAGGAUCAUUAGUUUUUAAUACAAGUACACCAUUGUCUUGUCAGAGACAGUUUCAUACUUUCCUCACAGCUUCCUUAAUCUGAGUCUCUAGCAUUUUUUUUUCAGGAUGCAGCAGACAGCACACAAAGACUUAGAGCAGAGCUGAUCGAGUGCAGCAGCAAAUAGGCCCAGCAAAGACUCAAACACACACUGGAGGGCAUAUAUAUUGGACUUUAUUUGUAUUGUUAUUAAGUUUUACACCUUUUCCUACUAAUAAAUACUUUCCCUCCACUGAGA